UCUUGGAAGCCACCCUUCCAAAGCCCGCCAAGCCUAUCUCUGGGGUCUCUGAUCUCCCUCACCUCCGAACGACACCCCCCCCUCGCCUCCGGGGCACAAGGAAGGGAUCGAUGCCUUCGAUUCCAUCCACGGAAGGCACAGGGCCAUUCUCUGCUCUCUAAGAAGCGGCGGCUCCGAUCGAUCCGUGAGGAGAUAACGGGUUUGAUCUUCGAUGGGGAAGCGGAGGCCCGUGGUGGUGCUAUCCUCCUCCUCGGAAGAGGAGGAGGAGGGAGAGGGCAGAGCCGGCUCGGCGACUGGAGGCCGCGUAUCUUCGAGGUCGAGAUCAAGAACGGCACCACCGGUCGCGUCGAAGAGGCCUCGAGUUGGGAGCUCGAAGAGUUGUCGCGUCUCGAGUGAAGCAUCUCAAGAACUAGAGGUGGUCAAAUUUGAUUUGCUCUCUGAAGAUUUUUGUGAAUGUCUUCAUGAAUUUAGAAUAACACCAGGUUUUACAUGCACAGAUGGGAUAGAGCUUUGGGUUGACAAACAUAAACCCCGAUCCUUGCCUGAGCUUGCUGUUCACAAAAAGAAGGCUGAAGAAGUGAAGAAAUGGAUGGAAGAAAGGGUAAAGACGCCACAGGAAGGCUUCGGCAACUGUGCUCUUGUUAUCACUGGACAAGCUGGAGUUGGAAAAUCUGCAGCCGUUCGUGUAAUAGCAUCACAACUUGGAGCUGAAUUGUGUGAAUGGAUGACUCCCACACCUACACUCUGGCAAGAGUAUAUACAUAAUACUAAUUCAGAAAUACGCUACAUGUCAAAGUUGGAUGAGUUUGAAAACUUUGUAGAAAAGAUCAGAAAGUAUUCAUUGCUUCAUCCAAUGAAGAUAGGAGGAUCGAGAAAACCAGUUAUUCUCUUAAUCGACGACAUUCCUGUGACAACUGGAAGAGUUGCUUUUGCAAGAUUAAACAAAUGCUUAACAACUCUUACUCAAUCAACUCAAGUUCCAACAGUUAUUUUGAUCACUGAGUAUCAUAAAACGGAGUCUGGUGACAAUGCCACACACUACUGGGAAGAACUUGCGUCAUCUCUUGAGAGAGCUGGGGCUUAUAAGGUAGCUUUCAAUCCUAUUACAGUAAAUUCUAUCAGGAAAACGCUCAGUAAAAUAUGUCAGGAAGAGAAGUGUCAUGUGACUGCAGAGGGGAUAGAUCAGAUAGCAAAAUCCAGUGGAGGUGACAUCAGACAUGCUAUAACAUCUUUGCAGUAUUCUUGUCUCAAACCAGAUAGAUUUUUUACUUUGCCUGCAUCAACUCUAAGUAACUCUUACUGUGAAAUGAAUUCCGAUAAGUCCAAAUUAUUGUCAAUUUCAAGCCAUGAAGAUGGGAACCCUGAUUGCAAGAUAUCCUUGCCAUGUGGAAGAGAUGAAACACUUACAAUUUUCCAUGCCUUGGGGAAGUUUUUGCACAAUAAGAGGGUGGCAGUAGAUCCAUGUGCACUGGAUUCAUUUGCUUUGCAGGAGAGAUUUGCAAGGAAUCCACUGAAAAUGGAUACUCCAGAGAAAGUUCUUUCUCAGGCACAUGGGCAAGUGCGGCCUAUUGUUGAUUUUCUCCAUGAAAAUGUUCUCGAUUUUAUCAGUGAUGAGGAAGUUGAUAAUGUAUGGUUGGUCACGUCUUAUUUAAGUGAUGCUGACUGCCUUCUUGGUGGUGUUCUACGCCCAGCAAGGCGUCAGAUGAUACCUGAGAUAUACGACGUGGAAAGUGUAGCACAAGCAUUUGCUGCUUCAGUGGCAAUACGUGGGGUACUAUUUGCAAAUUCUAAGCCCUCACCUUCAAGGUGGCACACCAUCCGCCGCCCAAGGCUUUGGCAAGUUGAGCAAUCAUCAAGACACAAUAAGACUCAGAUGCUGUUGGAGAGAGGUGACACCUACAACAGUUCAAGCUUGUGCGGCAUGUCCUACAAAGCUGCUGAAUGUAGACCUACAAUUAAAUGGCUUAGCACGCAGACAUUGCUGGAUGUUCAUAAGCAUAAAAAUCUUUUACAUUAUCCAGAAGGUGAGGAGGAUAACUCUGAUUUGUUGGGCAUAGAUAAAAAAGGAAGCAACUCCGAGGAAAGUGAAGAAGAUGAUGAUAUUGAAGAUUGGUAGACCUUUUUUUGCUUGUAUUCCUCGUUAUUGUGAUGGUUGUAUAUCCAGAGAUUAUAUGGCAAUAUAAACCGAGAAUCACAUUUGGACAUUUUGGCAAGAGAAACUCUUCAUCCCAGAAGCUCUGUGAUAUGUGGGUGUAUAUCAGGGCAUUCAGGUCUUGUGGAAUCACUUAAUUAUUAAAACUUGCAUUUGCCUCACCUCGUUCUGCACAUCCAAAACGAGGUUGUAGCAUGUUCAGAUGGGCCACAGUCUGGAUUGGGCAAGCACGAAGAAGCAAACCCUCCAAGUUGUAUUCAACAUCUGAUGUGCUCAAUUUUUUUGUAGUGAAAAUUUUCAUUUUGGUGUCUUCGGAAUGAACAUAGUGAAAACGGUUAACGUGACUGUUUUGUAUAUUAGUUGAAUGAAACAUUGUAAAUGUGAAUGCCAUAUUAUGCGAAGGACAAUUGUUUGCUCACCUCA